AUGCUGUACAAAGACCUCCUGCAUCCCCUCAGUCUCUCAUGGCUCGCGUAUGACGUGUUAUGUGUCGUUGUCCGCUCCUUUAGUCCCGAGACACUCGUCCGGAAGCGUCCGAAGAGGGGUUCAAAGGCAAAGGAACGCAGACAUCGCCGUGACCAUUCGCUUUUGGAGAGUCGUGAUUACCGCAGCCGUCACAAUAGUAGUGGUGAUCACGAAUCCACUGACCCAAGUCCCCGCUUUACGUCACACAACACGUCGCUGCAGGCCAACGCCUCCGCCGGAAGUGAGCGACCGCCAACUGUUCCAUCACGUGCCGCUGCCGGUUCGGGUAGCAGUCGGCCACCGAGCAGAGCUGGAAGUCGGCUCAACAGCCGAAGCAGCAGCCGGAGCGGUAGCCGACACCACACGGAGGUGCCUCUGAACGAAGGGCCGCCACAGUCCUUUUUUGGACGGCUCCGCAAUUGGCGAACCAUUAAUGUGAGGGAGCCGGUGUUACUGCUGACACAUGUUCUGCGGGCAAUGCCCGUUGCAGUGUUGCAUUGUUUCACGCAGUUGAGAACAGAUGUGGCCACGUUGGGGUUGCUGCGGUUCAGUGACUUGAGUGACACCGCAGCCGCUCUGUUGGUCUUCAAUGAGGACGCUGUAUUCGCUCCAGAUUUUGUGUGGAACUUUACAAUCACGCGGUGCCUUCUUGGUGCGAUGCAGCAAUACGUUUUGGGUCGUGUUUGCCUGGAGACCAACUUUGUUGUGAACCGGUUGCGAAGUCGCCGCGCCUACAGGCACAUUAUAGGUUGGGCUAUGCGGCUCCUCACCCGCCUCCUGACUGAUCCCAUUUCGUGUAGCAUACUUUCUCCGAUGCUGCUUUGCACUGUGAAAGACUUUUCUCCUGUAACGGGGCCGCUACGUUACACCCCAUCGGGGCUUUGUGCGGCUGCUUUAACAGGCUUUGUCGGUGUGGUACUCGAACAGUUAGUUUUACCAACGGCAGCCAUUUGCUGCCAACGGGUUGUGGUGCACAUCUAUGACGGGUUGGAUUAUGUGCUGACUCGCCGUUACGCAACGAAGAAUAUUAUGCGUGAUGAGGCUGUUGACAGUCGGGUAAACGCCUCGGGCAUCGACAGUGCAACUGCAAGCGAAGAUGACAGAGAGAGCGGCCAACGGACCGCACGGAAAGAUGCUGAAAGUGCGAAGCGGCACUCCCAUAACCGGGAGGAUGCCCAGCAGGUGGGUAAGGGAGCCCAAAUGGCAGUGUUUCGGGCAAUUAUAUGCCGCGUGGUGGGGGCCCUCCUCGCGCAGUGCGCUGUACAGCACCCCUUGACUGUUCUUUCCCGCCUCCUUUACGCCCGCGCAGUCCUCCACGGGACGGGGUUACUUAAGUCAUAUGCCGAUUUUCCAGCGAAGCACCUCGUCUGGGCCGACUUUGCGGCUUUCUUGAAGCAAAAUGCACACGGCAGCAGCAGUGGGGUACCGGCCCUGGAGGCACUACGAGGCAUUGGAUGUUUUGUUGGUUGUGAGGUCAGUUUGAUUAGGAGCAGCAUAUUAAGGUGCUCAGCGCAGGAAAGAGCUAUCGAAGAGCUGCUACUGCAGGCGGAAAGGCGCCGCCAAGGUGGAGCCGAUAGUGCCGGAAUGAGCUUCACCUCCUCGGUUAGUCACGCGUCUGCACUGGAGAGCAUGGAGUUGAUGACUCGGUGUAUUGCCUCUACCUCCCCACUAUUUAAUAUGGUACAUCUUACAUCUUUUACCAAGUUACUUAGUUUUUAUAUGGAUAUGUGGGUCCGAUUGAGGGGUGAGUAG